GUGGGAUCUACCCACUGGUGGUAGUGGGCGAGUAACCGCGUACGUGCAAGUCGUGCAGACUGCCAAGGACGAUUGUCGGUAGCCAGAAACGUGAGUUUUCUCUUCGUUAACCGCGAACCCCUGCUUCAGUAAAAUUCAUCCACUAGGGACCAUCCACCUUCUCGAGUUCGGACCAGUUUAUUUUAAGCGAUCGGAUCCUCCAGUAGCAGCAGAACGUCACACAGACCUACAGACAGACAGACUGACGGACGGGUGGAGCGGAGCUGUGUUGUGUGAUGAGGAGGAGGUAGCCUCGCCGCCAAGCUUUGCGUAACAUCCAGAUAAGAAGAAGGGGAAAUUUUUUGUCGUUUGGACUGCUUUCAGUUUGCUUUCAGUAACAGUCUGGUUUUGUGAAGAAACACACAGCAGAGAUCUAAAGCUACUAAAGGAGCUGAAGGGGAAAUCACCGAAUAUCCAUGAGCUCCGAUUUCCCACACUACGGUUUCAAGAUGCCAAAUAUAGGGUUCCAGAACCUUCCUCUUAAUAUCUACAUUGUGGUCUUUGGGACAGCCAUCUUUGUCUUCAUCCUCAGCCUCCUCUUCUGCUGCUACCUGAUCAGGUUACGGCACCAGGCACACAAAGAGCUAUAUGCAUACAAACAAGUCAUUCAGAAGGAAAAAGUCAAAGAGCUAAACUUGCAUGAGAUUUGUGCGGUGUGCUUGGAGGAGUUCAAACAGAAAGAUGAGCUGGGGAUCUGUCCAUGCAAACAUGCCUUUCAUCGGAAGUGCCUCAUUAAGUGGCUGGAGGUGAGGAAAGUGUGCCCGCUGUGCAACAUGCCCGUCCUGCAGCUCGCCCAGCAGGCCGGCACCACGGAGCCCCCCCUGCCCGUCCAGCAGCCCCUGCCUGGCGCCGAGAACCUGGUGUAGCGGAUGCUGAGCCCCUCUCGGAAAGCAGCCAGCGGACACACAACAAACCACAUCCCAACGCUCACACUCACACCUUAAACAGGUACCCUUUGGUGGGAGGGUGUGAACUGACACAAACUGGAAUAACUGAGCAGAAGCUCACAAAAACUGAGAGUCCUCGGUCGUCAUCACCUCUUUUUAUUUUUGCAUCAGUUACAAAAAUAAAAAAAGGAUUUCCUUUAUGUCAGCACCAAGUGGCUGAUAAUCAGCUGUUCUUUUUAUUUUAUUGUAUUUACUUCAUGGACGAUGAAUCUAGAAGAAGUUUCUUUUUGUUACUUUUUCACAACCAAAGCGCUUUUCUGGAGGGCACCAGCAAAAGACGAGGAAGAAGAAAACGCAAAAGCCAAGAACUUCACUACACUAAGAUAUAUAUAUAUAUAUUUUUUGUUUCAUUUAAAAAGCACUUUAUGAGAAGGCGAAAUCUUGAUUGCUUAGGCCUAAGGUCAUGUGUUAUAUUUUAUUUCUUCCUCUUUUCCGUGUACAAAGCAGAUGAACAGGUUUUAAAACAUUACAGAUCUACAUAAAUCUCAAAGGGACAACUCUGGAACAGUUUUGUCUGCUUAAAUGUGAAACGUUUGAAUGGUAGUGUUACCAUUACCCAGGCACCACUCUGACUAAUCCAGUUGUCUGCAAAAUUUAGAUUUCAAGUCAAAAAUAUACGUUCUAACCCAAGGUCUUUGAGCUGUUUAAUAGAAGUAAUGCUUCUAGUUUUUCAUUGCCCUUUUUUUCUGUAUUAAUGUCAUCAGAUUAAGGUUCAUGUAUUUCACAGAUGAAAGCAGGAGACUUUUAAGCAAAGCUGUGAAAGUCACUUCACGGAUCCUGCAACAGAAUUGAUUUUCUGGAACACAACAGAAUGAAAAUGAAAUCUUCCCUCAAAAUAUGCUGUAGUGUCAGCUAUUUCAUCUCUCUUGCCACAAAUGUGUAAAUCUAUUUAUUGUCACUUAUUUUCUUUUUUUUUUUUUAUUUCUUUUCUUUUUUUUUUUUUUUCGGUACCUCUGCUUUUAGGAGCACGAGUCAGUGAACUGGCACCAGCACCACCAGUCCUGGCCUCAGCGUGUAAUCAGCAUAUCCUUUUAGUGGACGCACAUACACGCACAUAAGGGAGCAGCUGGAGCUGACCCUCCUUUCUCUCAGCUACACUGCCAUAGUCAGUGGUCAGCAGGUUGGAGUGAACCAGGGUUUUCAUUCAUGCAAACACACAUUGCAGUUUAUCCUUUUUUCCUGCUUUUUCUCUGCAGUCUUCUGGUGCUUUCGCCUCCCCCCUCCUUUCUGUAUCGGUACAACGUGCUUUUGUUUCGUGCCACACGUACUUCAGCUCUGAGCCGUGCUUUUGUGGAUACAUUUUGUCCUCUGGUUAGCUGAAUUUGGUGAAUUAGUUGAAAGGCCUCGCUGUGAACUUCCCCCCCUGCCCCCAUCCCCUCCUGGUAACAUUGGUGGGUUAAAAUAGCUCACUGAGGUUUGGUAAUGAAGUGUUUUGUUGCUUCGGUUUGGUAAUCAGCGGGAUUUUUAGAGAGCAUAAUGAUAGCUUUUUUAACUGAUAGUCCUUACAGCAUGUUGUAAUCAACCACAAGAUGAUGAUAAUGUGAAAUCAGAAGUUUGUCACCCAUCAGAGCUGAUAAUACUCACAUUGGACACCUACUGUCCUGUCAGUAAAACAAAUGAUACAUUCUGUAUCUUGUGAUCAUCUAUUAUUAGGCCAUGGCCACAGUUAUCUGCUUCUCAGAAAUUACCACUCACUAACAUUUCAUUCCCACACACUUGCAAUUUAUGGUUAUGACUGAAUUAUCUCUUUUGCAUGCCUAAGUAACUUGUGACCACACAGUGAUACUUUUCCCACAAAUGUUACUGGGAGCGCCGCUCAUUCCACAGCGACGGACCGAAGAUAAGUUUGAGACAGGCUGUCAAACAAUCUGUGAACUGACCCGUUUUAAGGGAAAUGAGAGCUAUUUCUCUACAAAAGGAGCUCCUAAUGGUAAAUAACAUUAGACUAUAUCUGCAUGUUGUUGCAGUAGUCUUCAUGUCCCAUUAUCUUUUCAACAAAUAAAAAUCUGAAAAGUGAGUUGUUUGCAUUUGUAUUCAGCCCCCCCAGUCAUUCAUAGUCACUUUUCUGUGCAGCUGUAAGUUUUUGUGAAUCUAUUUAAACCUCAUUUUUGCUGAUGUUGAUGAAUCUGCUUUGAUCUAAACCACAGGUGUCAAACUCAAGACUUGCUGGCCAAAUCAGGGAAUCUGUACUCUUGAUCAUCACAUAAACUGAACUCUAACAUAACAGUUGUGUGCUUAAACAUUGUUUCAUCAGUCGAAUCGAAUCAGUUUUCGUUUGAAUAUGUCCAAAUUAAGUCAAUGUAAAAAUUGUUACAUUAUAAGCAGUACUAAUCAAACACAGUUGAAAGCUGUAAGAUUUUAAGUUUGUUAAUGGGUAGUUUUACAUUCUGCCACAGCUUUGAGUUGUCCUUUUGAGGACAACUCAAAGCGAUCUUGAAGCGGCCCAAAACCAAAAUGAGUUUGCCAAUCCUGAUCUAACAUUAUUUAGUGGUAUCAGAGAAAAGGGGGAUGAAUAUAAAUGCAUACCACACUUUUCUAGACUUGUCUUCUACUUUGUGCCGGUCUAUCUCAUGACAUCCCAAUCAAACCUGUCAAAAAUGUUGCUUUCAGUCUUCUAGGGGUAUGAAUACUUUGGCACGUUGACAUCAGUGACAUCAGACAUCGUUCUGAAUCGCCAGAUAUCAAUCUCACAAGUCACUGAAUUUGUCUUUAACACCAUCUUGGUCCUAUUUUCCUUUUGGUAUUCCUUUGCAUUCUCACCACAAAGCAAUGAUCUCAACAAAGUGUCUCUGGCUUUCAGUUAGAAAAGCAUUGCUACUCUGACGAAUGUCUCUGCCGAAUGUCAGUCAACACACAGAGGACUGAACCUUUCCUAGAUGAAAAUGUCGGCCGAGACGCUGGCAUUAACUCAACACGGAACAAUUAACACUAAAAUUUACCGAGAAUCUUUGCAUCCAUUUUAGCCUUAGUUGAACAAAAACAGUUGCAAUAACAAAGGAAUAUGUAUUUCAUUACAUCUGUGGUGAACAAAAUGACUGCGAUGCCUUUCUUCUAGCUUGGUGUGUGAUGUGUUUUGGACAUGAAGAGUCUGGGACUGUUAAUGUUGCAGCAUGAGGGAGCAGAUCUUCCAUUUUACCGCCAUCCAUACAACCUGACUCUCUUCCAUUCUAACAACUCAAGUCUUAAAGCUUUGUUUACUGAUCUGCCUAUGGAUCUCACAUUAGAAGGAAAUGUUUACUGUGAAUGCAUGCUGCUUUGCAAACAUUUUCUCUCACCCUUUGCUCAGUGUAAGGCGUUACUGUUACAGGAUGAAUUUCCACUAGAGUCCUUCAUCUAGACCCCACGGCAGCUAGCGCUUGCUGCCAUUUGUCCACCUUUGUCGUUGGUUAUUAGACAUUUUCCCCACACAAGCCUCCCUGUUUUCCUGCCGCUCGCCGUCCUGAUAGUGCCAACCAGACAUGAAAUGUUAGGAAUUAAAGAGAGUGCGUGUGACGAUAGAGGAAAAAAAAAUGGGGCUGAAGAGCGCAGUAAGAAAUGUCUUCCCACCGCUGAAAUCAUCCCUGACGUCAGCGUUGCCUUGGACUGAGCUGUUAUAAAUAGACACCCAGUCAGGAGCACCGUUAGACAUGAAUAAUUUACUGAUAACCACAGAAGAAAAGGGAGUUAUUGAUCACGACACCGUUUUAUGGCAGGUAGUGUUCAUUUUGACAGGAAAAAAAGAAGAAGAAGGAAACCCAAUGAAAUUUUAUUUUGCUGCUUGAAUCUCUUCAUGUUUUCCAUGGUUGGUUUUAGCAACCAGACCAUUUAGGGUUUUAAUCUCUUAUCACUGCCUUGUUGAAGUGAACCUGUGUUGUUUGUAUUGUGUAUUUAUUCCUCUGUAGCUCUUACAAACUCACAAAUAACUUCCUCCUCCCUCUUGUCCAAACAAGCCGUUUUACCUUUUCCCUUGAAUUCCCCUCACUUUUCCCUCUUUUUUUUUUAACACUGAUUAUGUUUGUGAAGUCUCACAGACAUUGUUUGUAAAACUAAGAAUUCUGCAGCAGAAUAUUUUUGGAGACUAUAUGCUGUACAGUAUUUGUAAGCUCUAUUUUUGUAUAUUGCUCUUUUGGGAAAAAACUAAAAUGAGUUUUCUUUUUCUUUUUGCUAAUUUCAUGUUUAUUCAUUUAAAGAAAAUGUUGCAUGUGACUGACUUGAACUGUAAAUAAAAUUUCCAGGUUUUGGAAA